AUGGAGAAGCUCAUCAAGAAUCAAGAGACGGCAAGACAAGAUCAAGAAGCUGCAAGGAAAGAUCAAGCCCUGACCAAUAAGAAUCACGAGGCUUCAAUGAGGAAUAUAGAAAGACAAAUUGGACAAUUGUCCAAACAACAAAUUGAGAGACCAAACAAUGUUUUCCCAAGUGAUACCAUUCCAAAUCCAAGGGAGGAAUGUAAAGUUGUGCAACUAAGGAGUGGAAGGACUGUGGGAAAUGACAAAGGUGCUGACAAGAAACAAGCAGAAGAAGAGAAGGACCAGGAGAAGCUCAAGGAGAAGGAGGAAGAGCCACAAGCACUAAGGAAGGGAAAGCAAGUAAUAGAAGAGCAUCCACAAGAACAGAGGAAGGUGGUGAAGCCUUACAUCCUUCCUCUGCCAUAUCCUCAAAGGUUACAAAGAGAGCUCAAGGAUCAACAAUUUUCCAAGUUUCUGGAAGUUUUUAAGAAGCUGGAAAUCAACCUUCCCCUAGCUGAAGCAUUGGAGCGGAUGCCUUUAUAUGCAAAAUUCCUCAAAGAGCUCAUUAACAAGAAGAGAAACUGGAAUGAAAAAGAGACUGUGAUCUUGACCCAAGAGUGCAAUGCAGUAAUCCAAAAGGGUCUCCCACCGAAACUCAAAGAUCCUGGGAGCUUCUUUUUGCCUUGCACUAUUGGCAACAUGUCCAUUGACAAGGCACUGUAUGAUCUAGGAUCAAGUAUCAAUCUGAUGCCUUUAUCUAUGAUGAGAGGGCUGUCUAUAGAAGAAGUAAAGCCUACACAGAUGUCCUUGCAACUUGCUGAUAGGUCAAUGGUAAUUUCCAACGGAGUGGUUGAGAAUCUCUUAGUCAAGGUGGGUAAGUUCAUAUUUCUAGCGGAUUUUGUGAUCCUGGAUCUAGAUGAAGAUGGAGGUGAUUCUAUCAUAUUAGGAAGGCCUUUCCUAGCCACACCAAGAGCUAUCAUUGAUGUGGAGAAAGGGAAAAUGAUCUUGAGAGCACAUGAUGAGCAGAUCACUCUAAAUGUCUUUAAGGAGAAGACUGAUGUUGAAGAAAAACAAAAGGGUCAUGAGGAUAAGAAGGCUGAGAAGGGAUUGCAAAAAGAGGGUACAAGAGUGAUCAUUAAGAAAGCUCCUGACAUAAGGCCCGCUGCCAAGAAAGAAGAAUCACCAAAGAAAGGAAGGAAGAGCAAGAAAAAAGAUCCAAAAUGGUGGAGAAACAAGAAAAUUCCAACUGAAGAGUUCUCAGAGGGAAACAAAGUGAAAAUAAUCUACCAACAGUUGGAGACAUUCCCACAAUCUGAUGAUUAUUACACUGUCAAAAAAAUACUCUCGUUGGAACAUAUAGAGAUUGUUCAUCAAAGCACAGGAAAAAGGCUCACACAUGAAUUUGAGCUUUCAUGGGUAAAUUUGAUGGCUGCAUAUAUCAUUUUAAAACAUAUGUCUGAUUCUUAA